CUCUCAUCCUAUCGUUCCCUCCUCUCCUCUGCUUCUCCUCGCUGCGACUCCACCUCAAAAAUUUCCUGACCCACAAGUCCCAACUCUCCUCUCCGCUUCUUUCGUUCCCUCUUCACCUUUGCCGUCAAUUUAUAUCUAUCUAUCGAGAGAGAGAGAGAGAGAGAGAGAGAGAGAGAGAGAGAGGAGGCGGCAUUAAGGCCUUGUAAUUGGUGUAUAAGAAGUCGAGGGUUAUGAGAUCCCCGGUGUUGUUGUGCCGCUCUCCCAUCUUGCGAGGGCAAUAGAAGAUGCCAUCGACCUACCCGCUGAGCACCUCGUCGGAAUUCCUGCGUGGCCGUGGGCGGAGCUUCUUGUUCGGCAACACCUGCUUCGUCCUCUCCGAACCCCUCUCCUUGCUUGGCUGCGGCGGCUCCCUUCUUCUCCCCAAGUCGUCCGUCGUCGCCGGCUCCUGCGACCGCCGCACUACGCUGUCCGGCCUCGCAACGAUCCCGAGGAACGUCAAUACCCAGCGUUCGUGGUCCACGCAGUGGUUUCCGUUUCGGCGGAGCAUAAUGUCUUCUAGCAGCGCGUUUCUGGGAGGGUCCGAGUUGAGCGCCAGGCGCGUCGCGACCAGUGAUGCGAGAUCUGGGCAUGGUUUGAGCGGUAUGAUGCGGAUUGAUAUCUGUUAUAGGUACAAGGGUUUUGAUUACUGCAGGAGAGCAAGUGGGAGCUUGAAAAAUAGGCAACCUUGGGGUACUAAUAUGAUCUACAAGUGUUUCUGGUCUGAUGCACAUGCGACGAAUUGGAGAUCAAAUUCUUCCAUCGAGCCCGGGAGUCAAGAUUUUCAGACGUCACAUACAGCAUCGUUUUCUGCUGGGGCGGCUUCUGAUGUUUCUUUCGAUGCGGCCAUGCAGGAGGAGCAGCUUCAGAAUUCUGAUGUAUCCUCUGAACACAAAAUUUCAGGUGAUAGGUCAUUGAAGCUUCUUUCCGGAUCUUGUUAUCUACCACACCCUGACAAGGAGGAAACUGGAGGGGAGGAUGCUCAUUUUAUCUGUGUUGAUGAGCAAGCUAUUGGUGUGGCAGAUGGUGUUGGUGGAUGGGCUGAUCUUGGUGUUGAUGCAGGACAAUAUGCCCGAGAACUUAUGUCUAAUUCAGUGAAUGCAAUACGGGAAGAGCCAAAGGGUUCUGUUGAUCCAGCAAGGGUUCUUGAAAAAGCCUACACAAUAACCAAAGCCAGGGGAUCUUCAACAGCAUGCAUCAUUGCACUCACUGAUCAGGGCAUUCAUGCAAUCAAUCUGGGAGAUAGUGGCUUCAUAGUCGUGAAAGAUGGUUGCACAAUCUUUAGGUCACCUGUACAACAACAUGAUUUCAAUUUCACUUAUCAACUUGAGAGUGGUAAUGGCAGUGAUCUCCCUAGUGCUGCCCAGGUAUUUACUUUCCCUGUUUCAUCUGGUGAUGUAAUCAUUGCUGGAACAGAUGGACUAUUUGAUAACUUGUACAAUAAUGAAAUUACGGCUGUUGUUGUCCAUGCGACUAGAGCUGGCUUGGGGCCUCAAGUAACUGCUCAAAAGAUAGCUGCGCUUGCACGGCAGAGAGCACAAGAUAGGAACCGACAAACUCCUUUUUCAACUGCUGCCCAAGAUGCUGGCUAUCGGUACUAUGGAGGCAAACUUGAUGACAUUACAGUUGUGGUAUCCUAUAUCACUGCAUCUGAUGCUUAAUAGGAGCAAUUUAAUCACUCAAAUUGUACAGCUUCGGGUACUCGAGGCCAAUAUGGCAUCUGCAUAAGUUCCUCGUGGUUGCAUCAAAAUAUAGACACAAAAUGAAGGUAGAGUUUAAUGGAAUACUGUUUCUUUACCUUUAUCGUUUGGGCUCUAUACAGAAAUUCUUCAGGGCAAUGCUUGGAAGAACCUGUAGUUGCAGCAGUACAUGUUUUACAAUAAUAGACUACCUUGAAGAUUCUGAAGGAUAUCUUUUCAACCUACGGAGAGUUGGAUGGAAUCAGCUCUCAAUCAUCCGAUCUCAUGAAUGCUCGACAGGAAGCCACAUAAAGGCUGCACAAGACAUACCGAGGAACAUCCACUGGCCAGUUUCUUUUAUCGACUAUGUGCUGCAAGGGAACUUGAAUUUAUUUUGUGAUGUAGAUUUGUUUAGACUUCAAAUUCUCACCGAUAAAGCCUACUUCGUGUUGGUGAAUGAAGAAACACACAAAGACAAACAGUUGUGUGUGGUUGCAAUUAAGAUUUGUGUUUAAAAUCAGCUUUUCAUGGUA